CCUGCCACUGUCCCCCUCGAACCUUCUCCCUCACGACGGACGUCCCAACUAUACGGCUCGUAUCACCGGCCUGGACAGGAACGCUGCAACUCCUUAAACCCAUCAUACAGCAAUCGAACGUAACCUUAUCAAACCAUAGCAUGUCCACAGCGGCCUUUCCACUCUCGCCAAGAGAUGCCCUACUCCAGGCGUACCAAGCUCAAUCGCUACAUGACGUACCUGUCCCGGCAGCGGUUAUAGAUGUGGCAAAGGUAAAGGCAAACUGCAUUUCCAUGCUGAAUGCCGUCGAAGAGCUGGGUGUCAGUUUCAGAGCUCACGUGAAAACUCACAAAACAACAGAGAUUACGAGGCUUCAGGUCGGCGAAGAUUGCAAUGACGUGAGGUUGAUUGUAUCGACCAUUAUCGAAGCGGAGCAAUUGGUCCCUCUUCUGCUGGAAUAUAAAAGUCGGAAUGCAAAGAUCAAUGUCUUAUAUGGUGUCCCCUUGGGCCCUUCACACGUGAACCGGCUUGCUACUGUAGCCCGCCAGCUUGGUCAAGGGUCCAUCACAGUCAUGAUCGAUCACCCAGAGCAGUUGAAGUGCUUGCAGUCAUUCAAAGAAAAGGCUGGAUUUCCCGCUCUGGUCUUUAUCAAGACGGAUUCAGGCUACCACCGAGCCGGUCUGAUUCCAGACUCGAAGGAUAUGAUGGAUUUGGUGCACGAAGUUAGCAUUGGCGAGCAGCGAGGCUACCUGUGGUUGCUCGGAUUCUAUUCACACAACAGCCUCAGCUAUGGCGGAUCGUCCCCAGACGAUGCGAUGGACACGCUCAAAGUUGAAAUAGACGUCUGCCGGCAAGCUUCCCAACACUUCAAGCGAGACCGCCAGACACCGCUUCUCGUCUCUGUUGGGGCGUCCCCCACUGCUCUGUCCUUACAGAACAUUCUGCCAUCUGCUGCCAGUUCUACUCCUUCGGCUAAUGCUCUCAAGGAUACGCUUGAGUUGACCAAAUCUAAUCUCGAGCUUGAAAUCCAUGCCGGCGUCUACCCAAUCUUUGACAUUCAGCAGGUGGCUGCCAGCAGCCGAAGCUUCACCUCAGAUCCUCAUGAUACCAUUGCAGUAUCUGUGCUUGCUGAAGUCUGCUCUUUAUACCCCGACCGAACUAAACAACCUGAAGCACUGAUCUCUGCCGGCGUUCUCGCACUUGCGAGAGAGCCCUGCAAGGACUAUCCUGGAUGGGGGGUUGUAAGUCCGUGGAACAUGCCAGGCGAUUAUGGAACGACGAAGAAAGAUCGCAUCAUUGUCAGUCGCAUAAGUCAGGAGCAUGGCAUCUUAGCUUUCGAAGACAGAGAUGUAGAGAACCGACAACUUCCUUUGCGGUACGGACAAAAGCUGCGCAUUUGGCCGAAUCAUGCAUGCAUCACCCUGGCAAUGUUCAGCUGGUAUUAUAUUGUCGACACAGAUACAGACACCCCCGACAAGAUUGUUGAUAUCUGGAUAAGGUGGCGAGGCUGGUAACGGAAGGAGACACUGGAAGAACGACUUUUUGGCCUCCGGUACUUACUAGGUACAGUUGGUCAAUUGUGCCUCUUUCUAGGGCCACAACCAGGGACCCGAACUACCUCCCAGCAAGGGAAGGUCCAAUACGACAAACCAGGAUUCCUCCUGACAGACGAGUUGUUCCUGGCCAAGUCUUCCAUAUCUAUCAGCACGCAGCAGGUCAUAACAUGGUCGCAAGCUUGAACCAGAACAUGAGGCUCCCCUUUCUUUGCUUCGAUCUGUGUGACGCUGAUGCACCCAUAUCCAAUAUCUUCCUCCGGUUUGCACGCUACUCCACGCAUUUUCAGGGAACCGACGAGAAGAUGUAUCCUACGUAAUCAAGUGCCAAAAGCAUGCGGGCUGUGGUUGAUCCCGGAGAUAACAUCCCGUUUUGUUGGAUAAUGAAACUCAGGCAUUUGCCUGCAAAGGUAAGAGAAUUUCCACGUUUGGGACUG